CAUAUAACAAGCUUUGCUGGCGCCACCAUACGGCGCCAGCUGCCGAUUCGUUCAGAAAAUAGUGCGGGCCGGCGUAACGCGUCAAAAGUUGGUCAGAAGCGUCGUUACGUAAACAAGAGCAAGGCGAACAAGAGAUUUUUCAUGAUAAACCCCGACCAAGACUUACGACCAAGGCUAUAUUGAUAUAAACGCUACGAGCCUACGACUUCAUAAACGCAAGCGUGGCCGACCAUGUUCACCACCGGCCUGCUGGUGCUGACGUCGUCGCUGGGGCAGCUGGCGCCGCAGCUGCAGCAGCUGCUGACCAGCGCGGCGCGCUGCGUCAGCGGCCGGCUAUACGUGCAGCUGCUGCCCGGCCAGCAGUCGCUGGCGGCCGCCGCCGCGCUGCCCGCCUACCGACCGCUGCUCUACUGGGACGUGGUGUGCCGGCUGUACGCCGAGUCGGCGCGCGCGUGUCCCCAGCUGGACGUGCGCGUUCUGGUGAGUCACCUGAAGCGGCGCCAGCUGCGCGCCCAGACGGCCGCCGCCGUGGACGUGCUGCUGCUGGAGCGGCCGUGCGCCGGCGCCGAGCAGUUCGCCGCCGGACAGGUGUCGCGCCGCGGCCACCACCUGCAGACGAUCGCGCUGCAGACCGGCGAGCCGCUGACCGCCGAGACGGCCGGCCUGUGCGCCGCGCCCGACGAGCUGCCCGACCGCUGGCUGGGCGCCCAGGCCGAGCCGGACAACGCGCUGGCGGCCGACGCCGUGUAUGACAAGGUGGCGCUCGGAGGAACCUUCGACGGCAUCCACAACGGCCACAAGGUGCUGCUGACGGCUGGCCUGAUGCGCUGCCGCCAGGAGCUGACUGUCGGCGUCACCGACGGACAGAUGAACAACAAGAAGACGCUGAAGGAGCUGAUGGCGCCCUGUCUGGAGCGCGUGCAGCUGGUGACGGACCUGCUGGCCGACCUGGACUGCACGGUGCGCCCGCGCGUGGUGCCCAUCACGGACCCGCUGGGGCCGACGGCCACCGAGGCCGACCUGCAGCUGCUGGUGGUCAGCGAGGAGACGCGGCGCGGCGCCCAGAUGGUGGCCGACGAGCGCCGCCGCCGCCAGCUGCCGCCCAUGGACGUGUACACGGUGCCGCUGCUGGCCGCGCCCGACCGACAGACGGCCGAGGAGCCCAAGAUCAGCUCCAGCACCCUGCGCAUGCGGCGGCUGGGCACGGCCCGCCGGCCGCGACUGGGCGUGCCGCGCCGCGCCGGUGGUCCCUACGUCAUCGGCCUGACGGGCUCGGCCGCCAGCGGCAAGUCUUCGGUGGCCCGUCGGCUAGCCGGUCUCGGCGCGCACGUCAUCGACUGCGAUAAACUCGGACACGCGGCGUACGCCCCCGACACGCCGUGCCAUGCGCAGCUGCGGCAGCUCUUCGGAGAGGACAUCGUGGCUGCGGACGGCCGGAUCGACCGGCAGCGGCUGGGCGCGCACGUGUUUGGCGACCCGGCGGCGCUGCGGCGGCUCACCGACUGCGUGUGGCCCGAGAUCGCGCGGCUGGCCGAGCGGCGGCUGGCGGCGCUGGGCGCCGGCCAGGUGGCCGUGCUGGACGCGGCCGUGCUGCUGGAGGCCGGCUGGGACGCCCAGCUGUGUGACGAGGUGUGGGUGGCGCUGGUGCCGCGAGACGAGGCGCUCCGCCGCGCCGUCCGCCGCGACGGCAUCAGCGAGCAGGCGGCCGCGCGCCGCCUCGACGCGCAGAUGUCCAACGAGGAGCGCGUGGCCGCCGCCACCGUGGUGAUCAGCACCCUCUGGGAGCCGGAGGUCACCCAGCAGCAGGUGGAGCGCGCCUGGAGCCAGCUGCGGGCCGACCUGGGACACGACCUGGAGCACCUGGAUGAUGGCGCCUGAACUGGGGCACAGCUAGGCACCAGCGGAAGUGGAUUGAUCGCGUUAAUUGGCUCCUUCGCCAGCCUCUGGCUGUGCUGUAAAUUUGUAAGCUUUUAACGAUUAGAUUAUUUGCUACUUAUUCGAGAUGGGAGGGAGAGUAAGACAAUGAUUUGCUGGCAGUUAGUUUUUAAACUGGGGGCGUAAAGCCUCAGCUUGAAAGAGAUGUUAAAUGCUCUUGUGAGUUGUGAUACUGAAAAUUCGUCAACCGGGGUGAUGUAAGCUAUAUAAUCCUUCGAAAUAAUAAUAAUAAUAAUGAAAACCAAGUCAGAAUGCUAUGAUUUUGCGCUCUUUUCAAUUGCCUUCCUCAGUCAGCGAUAAAUGUCAAGUGUUAUUCUAGUGCGCCCUGUAAAGUUACCACUCGAUCGCCUCCUCUAGUGAGCUAAAUUCUGAUCUCUUAUUGCAAUAUAAGAAUUUUUGCAGUCCCAGGUGACAGCUAUUGCAAAUGAGUGUAUUGGUGCAUAUUUCAAACGGUUAAUUAUUUGAUAUCCAAAAAGCUGUAGACUGUACGGCUUCACGGUUUGGCAAGCUUUUUCAACUCAACAGGAACGUAUAACUGUUUUCGGUACUUGUUACUAUUUUCGGGGAGGGUUGAAGCGACAGCGGCGGCGGGAGACAGCCGCUAUGAUACCUGGAGGAUGGAUGCGCUUUAUCGGAUGCUUUGGCCAAUACUCAACAAAGACUCACUGAGUUGGGUGUCCCUCGACUGAGUGAUGAUUUGUGUAAAGUCACGACUCACUUGGACUUUGACAUGUUUGGGAUGCCGCUGUAUACUGCUUGAGCUGGCUUGCCCGGUUUACCUGUGACUGGCAUUACUACUUCCUGGCGGGGAUAGUCAUGUUUUAAUGAUCCAACCUGGCCUAGCUGUGAAUAGCAUGAGAAGAGCAUCCGAGCAAUUUUUAAACACAGGAUGGUAUGAAUCGUAUGCUAGCUGCACUUAAUUAUGGGAAUUUAGUGGUAGUGGGAAUGGGAGCGACAGAACGAAGUAGUGUUUAUUUAAUCCGUGAUUUAAUCAUUAGCACCCGUCUGAUUGCAUGCAACAUGUGCAAUGUGCAUGUUUGGGAAUAUGUAUAUUCGAUACACGUUAUUUGUAGAUGUGGUUUUCUUUCAUUCUACUUAUCGUAUAUAGCCGCCUAAUGUUUUGUGAUUUUUCUGUCAAGCUGGUUAUGAAUUAUGAUAAUGUAAUGGGUGCCAAUAAACGAAUUAAGAGUUGGAAA